CGGAGAUUUAGUAUCUCUUUUUUCAGUCUUUGGGGCUUUUAAAAAAGAGCCACUAGUCUCAAUGCUGAUCGGGCUAUGACAGCCUCCGUGCUCCUCCAUCCCCGCUGGAUCGAGCCCGUCAUGUUCCUCUACGACAACAGCCUGGAGGAGAUCAAUAAGAACAUGGAAGGUUUUCAUGCAGGCAGCAACUUUGCGGCAGCGGCGGCGGCCAACCAGUGCCGGAAUCUGAUGGCUCAUCCCGCAUCCCUGGCCGCCCCCAGCACGGCUGCCUACACGUCGAGCGAAGCGCCAGCCUCUGGCAUGGCUGAGCCAGCUGUCAAACAGUGCAGCCCCUGCUCGGCGGCCGUGCAGAGCUCCUCCGGGGCCGCCCUGCCCUAUGGCUACUUUGGCAGCGGCUACUACCCCUGCCGCAUGACCCAUCACAACGGCAUCAAGUCCUGCGCGCAGCCCGGCUCCACUUUUGCGGACAAAUAUAUGGACACCUCGGUCUCGGGCGAAGAGUUCACUUCCCGGGCUAAGGAACUGGCUUUCUAUCAGGGCUAUGCCGCUGGCCCCUACCAACCCGUGCCGAGUUAUUUGGAUAUGCCUGUGGUGCCCACAAUUGGAGGUCCUGGAGAGCCCAGGCAUGAGCCCUUACUCCCCAUGGAGAGUUAUCAGCCUUGGGCAAUCACCAGUGGGUGGAAUGGGCAAAUGUACUGCCCCAAAGAUCAAACCCAGCCACCCCACCUCUGGAAAUCCACUCUCCCGGACGUCGUUUCGCAUCCCUCAGAUGCGAGCUCGUACAGACGUGGGAGAAAGAAACGAGUGCCUUAUACAAAGGUUCAAUUAAAAGAACUCGAAAGGGAAUAUGCUACAAAUAAAUUCAUUACCAAGGACAAACGAAGACGGAUAUCGGCAACUACAAAUCUGUCAGAGAGACAGGUCACAAUCUGGUUCCAAAACAGGAGGGUCAAAGAGAAAAAAGUUAUCAACAAAUUGAAGACUACCAGUUAAUGGAUUAAAAUGGAGAAGCAGCAGUUCACAGGUUUCAGAACUAUUUUUGUCCAGAUUAAAAUAAAUAAUAAUAAUUAAAAAAGACAAUGAACCUCUUAUUUCAUAACAAGAGAUCUGUAUCUUUGGAAUUAUAGCAUUUUAAAAAAUAUUACUGUAGGAAAUGGUUAAGACUGACUGUUCCCCCGAAAUCCAGACCAGACAGUUUAAAUGAUAAACUAUAGAGCCCAAAUGCCCACCUCUCAAAUGCUCAGUUUCAAUUAAGAUACACGUUUUACUGAGAAUCUUGUAAGUAUUUCUGUGACCUUAGUAUUCUAGAACACUAUUAAUGGUUAUAAUCUGAAAGCUGGUUCAAAUAUAAAGUUCGAUGUAAACAUAUUUUUUCUUCCAUUGCAAUCCAAAUGUUGAAUUACUGCUCAGGUAAAUCAUAGUGAAAAUAUACAAUUACUGUAUGUUUAAGAAAUGCAUUUUAUGUUUGAAAAGAAGGUACUGAAUAAGGAUUUCAGAGGCAUCAGUAAUGACGGAAGCUCUGUGGAGCAAAUGAAAAACAAUGCAAACUAUUGGGGAUAGAAAGGCUAAUACUUGUUUGGAAAUAGCUUUCUUUGAGUUAUUUUUCAAUAGCUGAUUUUUUUAGCAUUCGAGCUGUUUCCUGCAAACAGUCUGACAGAUAUUUUCUAAAAGAACUCUACACAUAUUACACCUCAAAUGGUCUUCAAUAAUUGUUAAAUAGGUAAACCCCAGUAAAUUGUAAAACGUUUAACUCUUGGGUGGAUACAAAUACGUGAAUGUUGGCAUUUUAUUAUAAUAAAAAAGUCCUUUCUGGGAAAAAAAUAUCAGAGAACUCCAAACUGAGAAAUACAUGUUGUGUUCCCAGAAAUAUUUUGAUUUCUAUGUUCUAUAUUUUGAUCUAUAAGUAAUUAGUCAUUUACCUUGUUUAUUGUCUGUUCUGAGGCAACAUUAAGAAGUUGAGGGAUUCAUUUUACCGCACCUUUUAAAUCCAAACAGUUAUUUCAACCAGCACAUUAUUUUUGUUUUUAUUCACUAUAAGAUGCUAUCUUGUAAAUAAUAAUAAAAAAAAUCAGCGCACUGU